UGGAGCCCGCAAGUCCCGAGUGGGGCCUCGUUGCCAUGGUGAUUGGCGCCGCGGGCUAAGCUCAGAACCCCCGCUGCAGCAGUAGCUGCCUGGGCUGCAGGACUCCAGGAGGAUGAGGGCCAGCCUGAAGCCGUGGGGGCCACCUGUGAGCCGGGACUGUGUCAUCACCAGCUUCCCGAAGUGGUACACCCCCGAGGCCAGCCUGCAGCUGAAGGAACACUUCCAUGAGAAGGUCAGCGCCGCCUGUGAGCGCAGGGACACAGGCACCGUCGGGCUCCGACUCUCCAAGGUGGUGGUCGUGGGGGACCUCUAUGUUGGGAAGACCAGCCUCAUUCACAGGUUCUGUAAGAACGUCUUUGACCGCGACUACAAGGCCACCAUCGGGGUAGACUUCGAGAUCGAGCGCUUUGAGAUCGCUGGGGUCCCCUACAGCCUUCAGAUCUGGGACACGGCCGGCCAGGAGAAGUUCAAGUGCAUCGCAUCCGCCUACUACCGGGGCGCCCAGGCCAUCAUCACAGCCUUCGACCUCUCGGACGUGCAGACCCUGGACCACACCAGGCAGUGGCUGGAGGAUGCGCUACGGGAGAACGAGCCGGGAGCCAGUGCCAUCUUCUUGGUGGGGACCAAGAAGGACCUACUGUCAGGGGCAGCCUGUGCACAGGCUGAAGUGGAGGCUGUGCGCCUGGCCAACGAGAUGCAUGCUGAGUACUGGGCGGUGUCGGCCAAGACGGGGGAGAACGUGAGGGCGCUGUUCAGCCGCGUGGCCGCCCUGGCCUUCGAGCAGUCGGUGCUGCAGGAGCUAGAGCGGAGGAGGAGCAACGGCCGGCUCCAGGAAUGGAAGGAACGCUGCCUGAAGCCAAGGAGAGCCAGGGCCCUUCCAGCCAGAACUGCUGUUAACCACCCUGCGCCAGUCCCCCACCUGGCCCACGGGGCAGCACCUGUGACCCAGGAGGGCGGCACAGAACCCCUGCAUGUCUGUGAGCAGGGACAGAGGCCUGGCCCUGCACCUUCCAUCCACUGCUCAGCCAGGCCCGUCCUCCCACGGGGGGGCGCUGCAGGUCACCAUGACAACCAUCAUCAUCAGAGGGCCCCAUGGCCCUUCAAUCCGAAACCCUCCCAGGCCCCCUAAGGCGGGUUGGGACUCUGCUCUGCACAGCUUGCAGGACGGACCACCUGCCCGCCGGCCUUGGGGGUCCUGCAGCCAAUAGGACUUGAAACCACUGCCUUGGAUCGCAGCCCUGCCUAAAACUGACUUCCCUGCUGACCUGGCAAGUCCCCUGGGUCUAAAGGUAGCCCCCGCUGGACACUGGCUACCUGUUGGUUGGACCAUCUAGUGGCCCCAUGGCGACGCUACCCCGUUGGCCUCGGCAUCUGUGACCUGACUCCUGAGUCACUGUGGGUCCUGGUCCCUGGGCUACUGCUCGCUUUGGCCACCAUGUCCUCUCUCCCAGCAGCACUGAGAUGUGACCAGCAGGACCAGGGACCAAGAACACAUGCCAGCGAACAGUCCAUCAGCCCCUUAUUCCAUUUCCUCAGACACCUGGGCAUCAGACUGCUCCCCCCAGUGCCCACCGGACCCUCCGAACUAUAACUGCCCGCCUGCAUUCCCUGCCCGGGACAGGGGGCCCAUUAGGUGUCCUGUCCCCUCUGCAGAAGGCGAGGUUCCUGUGGGCAGGCGUUUGAGCAGUGCAUCUUGUGAUACCUAGCAAAUACCCACUUAUUGGCCACGUGCCCCACUCCCUUUUAGCUUGAGCACUAUUAAAAGAUGCAUUUUUUUAA